UUAAAAACAGGAUUCACCAAAAAAAAAGAAAAAAAAUACAAAUAAAAACAGGGCACAGCAAAGUUGCUUCCCGAGUUCCAGUAGUUGCGGACGGAGGUUAGAGUAAUUUGUCUCCGAAUUCUGCGAACGCGCUGCCCCCACUUUCGUCCUUAGAAUUCUUGUUGGGGACAUCAUAGAGGAAUUUGUGCUGAUUAGGGUUGUUUUCUGCUUUUGAUCAGAACAGAAGGAAGAAUCACUUAGUAUAGAUGGUUGCAGAUCACUAUUCUCCUCCUCUGUUUAGUGUGGCUCCAAUGAUGGACUGGACAGAUCAUCACUAUAGGACUUUGGCACGCCUCAUAUCGAAACAUGCUUGGCUCUACACGGAGAUGCUUGCAGCUGAAACAAUUGUUUAUCAAAAGGGAAACCUGGACAGAUUCUUGGCGUAUUCUCCAGAUCAACAUCCUAUUGUGCUUCAAAUUGGAGGGAGUAAUUUAGAUAAUUUGGCAAAAGCAACUGAACUUGCCAAUGCUUACUGCUAUGAUGAGAUCAACUUCAACUGUGGAUGCCCGAGUCCUAGAGUAGCUGGACGUGGAUGCUUUGGCGUACGUCUUAUGCUUGAUCCUAAGUUUGUUGCAGAGGCUAUUUCAUUAAUUGCUGCCAAUACAAAUGUACCUGUCACUGUCAAAUGUCGAAUUGGUGUGGAUGAUCAUGAUUCUUACAAUGAAUUGUGUGAUUUCAUUUACAAGGUUUCUUCUUUGUCACCUGCUAAGCAUUUCGUAAUUCACUCAAGGAAGGCACUGCUUAAGGGCCUCAGCCCAGCUGAAAAUCGGAGUAUUCCUCCACUGAAAUAUGAGUACUUUUAUGGCCUCUUACGUGACUUUCCCGACUUAUCAUUUACAAUCAAUGGUGGUAUUGCUAGUAUUGAUGAGGUCAAUGGAGCUCUAAAGGCUGGGGCUCAUGGUGUUAUGGUUGGACGUGCAGCAUACAAUAACCCUUGGCAUAUUCUGGGACACGUUGAUACUGCAAUUUAUGGUGCAUCAAGUAGUGGUCUUACACGUCGUCAGGUCCUUGAGAAAUAUCAAGUAUAUGGGGACUCAGUGUUGCAACGAUAUGGACUUGGGCCAUCUGUGCGAGAUAUUGUGAAGCCUUUACUUGGCUUUUUCCAUUCUGAGCCUGGGAAUGGACUUUGGAAGCGCAAAGCAGAUUCUGCUGUCCAAACUUGCACGACAAUUAAAUCAUUUUUUGAAGAAACCCUUGUAGCAAUUCCUGACUCAGUCUUGGAUUCAGCUGUUGUGAAACCACAAUCUGGUCGUGGAGAUAUUUUUGCCAACAUAUACAGCUCGCUGCCUCCACCAUAUAGAACAAGAGAAGAGGAUGUCAUAUAAAUCUAUCAGUAGUCUAUUAUAGUCAAUUGACUCCAAGAUGAGAUGUAACCCAUUCGAUGUAGAAAUUUCAAGUAAAAACUAGGGAACUGCAAUUUUUUGUGGCUUAUUCUUUUUUACUCUUGAUUUUGGUGAAACAUGUAAUGUGUUAGCAUCUCUUUAGAAGAAUGUUGGGUGGCCCAUAUUAUUUUAUUUCAGAUAAGACCAACGUGGCAUUAUUUAAAGGAAAUGGAAAUGGCAAAGCCAGUACAAUCCUCA